AUGGAACUUAAUCUGGAAUCGUCAAACUUUGGAGAGAAAGUAACGCUCGCGUUAUCACAAGCCAGUGAAGAUGCGAAGACGAACGCGACUUCUGCCAUAGACAAAGAAACGACAUUAGACAAGACAGUAGAAAAGGCAGUGGAAGAGACAGCGGAUAAGACAGUAGACAGAUCUGGCCGCCAACUCACGCCGUACGGCUACGGACAGAACAACGAAAACGAAGUGGUUGUCGACAUCGAGGAUGACGAGAAGACCCAGUAUUAUGAAACCAACUACGAUACUAGCGCGUACGGCUUCGGCUACGACGUGGGCCCCAACGGGCAGUUCCACCACGAGACGCGCGGGCCGGACGGCGUGACGUACGGCUGCUACGGGUACGUGGAGCCGGACGGCUUCCUGCGCGCCACGCACUACGUCGCCGACAGCCACGGCUACCGGGUCGUCGAGCCGGAGAAGCCGGUUGAAGUGUUCCCCGAGGAGGAGGGAGAGAACGCGCCACCACCGAAAGCGGUAACCCUACCUUGGGACAAACUCUACUUCCCUAAGGGUUGUGGUCGAACGCCCGGAGGCGUCCCAGCCAAGCCGCCGCCGCCGCCGCCGCGCCCGCCGCCGCGACCCACCAAGCCUGUUGACAGCACCGGACAGACCAGCAACCCUAGCCCUGGCGUCGAGGCUAUCCCGGUGGCGGCGGGUACUACCCCGGACAGCCCGGCCAACCCGGACAGCCUGGAUCUCCGGGAUCACCCGGAUCACCCGGCUCACCCGGAUCUCCCGGCACCCCCGGCACACCCGGACAACCCGGCACCCCAGGAACCCCAGGUGGACCAGGUGGUCCAGGUGGUCCAUCAGGACCAGGCGGUCCUUCAGGACCUGGUGGCCCAGGGUCCGGUGGAUACUACCCGGGUUCUCCCGGCAGCCCUGGCUCCCCUGGCUCCCCCGGAUAUCCAGGUGGACCAGGUGGUCCCGGUGGACCAGGUGGACCAGGUGGCCCAGGUGGACCUCCAGGCACAGGAUCAGGAUCUGGCUACUAUCCCGGACAGCCCGGGCAGCCCGGACAACCCGGAUCUCCAGGCACACCCGGUGGACCAGGUGGUCCAGGCGGUCCCGGCGGUCCCGGCGGCCCGCCCGGCUCCGGCGGAGGCUACUAUCCCGGACAAGGACAACCCGGCUCUCCCGGAUACCCAGGUGCCCCGGGUAGCCCUGGAACUCCCGGUGGACCCGGUGGUCCAGGCGGACCAGGCGGCCCCGGUGGUCCCCCUGGCUCUGGCAGUGGCUACUACCCAGGACAACCCGGUCAACCUGGCCAGCCCGGCACUCCCGGAUAUCCAGGAACCCCAGGCACACCUGGCGGACCAGGUGGUCCAGGAGGCCCAGGUGGUCCCGCUGGACCCGGACAGACUGGCGGAUACUACCCAGGACAACCCGGAUACCCGGGCGCACCCGGCACACCCGGCGCCCCCGGCUCACCUGGCACACCUGGAGGACCAGGUGGACCAGGUGGUCCAGGAGGUCCAGGUGGCCCCCCAGCUUCAGGCGGUGGAUACUAUCCGGGACAACCCGGUCAACCCGGAACGCCCGGCACGCCCGGCACACCAGGAUCCCCAGGUGGACCAGGUGGUCCAGGUGGACCCGGCGGCCCUAGUGGCCCGGCUGGCCCCGGAACAGGCGGCUACUACCCUGGACAGCCUGGCAGUCCCGGAUCCCCAGGAACUCCCGGAGGUCCAGUGCAAUUAUAGCAAUAUGUACGUUUUCUUAGGUGGACCAGGUGGACCCGGAGGCCCAGCGGCGGCGGAUACUACCCUGGACAAGGACAACCCGGACAACCUGGCACACCCGGCACACCCGGCUCACCCGGCGGACCAGGAGGUCCAGGAGGCCCAGGCGGUCCAGCUGGCCCUGGAGGUCCAAGCGGUGGCGGAUACUACCCCGGACAACAAGGACAACCCGGACAACCUGGACAACCCGGCAAUCCCGGUACACCCGGCACACCCGGCGGACCAGGUGGCCCAGGAGGCCCUGGAGGCCCAUCUGGACCCGGAGGUCCCCCGUCGAGCGGCGGCGGAUACUACCCCGGACAACCCGGUAGUCCCGGCUCACCCGGCUCACCAGGCGGACCAGGAGGUCCAGGAGGCCCAGGUGGACCAGCAGGACCUGGAGGUCCAAGCGGUGGCGGAUACUACCCCGGACAACAAGGACAACCCGGACAACCUGGACAACCCGGCACACCCGGCUCACCCGGCUCACCAGGCGGACCAGGUGGUCCAGGAGGCCCCGGAGGUCCAGCUGGACCCGGACAGACAGGCGGAUACUACCCAGGACAACCCGGAUACCCGGGUACGCCCGGAUCUCCAGGUACCCCAGGCUCUCCCGGAGGACCAGGUGGUCCCGGCGGCCCUGGCGGUCCCGGCGGCCCACCGGCUACUGGCGGAUACUACCCGGGUCAACCCGGACAACCCGGACAGCCAGGCUCUCCCGGAACACCCGGCUCUCCAGGUAGCCCCGGAGGCCCAGGCAGACCUCCAUCAGGCGGCGGCUACUACCCAGGACAGCAAGGGCAACCUGGACAGCCAGGACAACCCGGUUAUCCAGGCCAGCCAGGCACACCCGGACAACCUGGACAGCCUGGAUAUCCAGGACAACCCGGUCAACCCGGAACUCCAGGUCAACCCGGAUACCCUGGUCAGCCAGGACAACAAGGAACAGGAUCUCAGCCGCAACCCGGGCAACCUGGAUACCCCGGUCAGCCAGGCCAACCAGGACAACCCGGAACUCCAGGUCAACCUGGUCAACCCGGAUACCCAGGUCAGCCUGGACAACCUGGUCAACCUGGUCAACCCGGCUACCCUACUCAGCCAGGCCAACCAGGUCAACCAGGCACCCCUGGACAGCCCGGAUACCCAGGUCAACCUGGUCAACCAGGGCAACCUGGAACUCCAGGUCAACCCGGAAAGCCCGGUCAGCCUGGUCAACCUGGUCAACCCGGAUAUCCUAGUCAGCCAGGUCAACCAGGGACCCCUGGACAGCCCGGAUACCCAGGUCAACCUGGUCAACCAGGACAACCCGGAUACCCCGGUCAGCCUGGUCAACCUGGCUACCCAGGACAAGGACAAGGCCCUCAACCUAAACCACAGCCCGGACAACCUGGACAACCUGGAACUCCAGGACAACCCGGACAACCCGGACAACCAGGUCAACCAGGUCUUCCAGGUCAGCCAGGUCAGCCAGGCUAUCCCAGUCAACCAGGACAAGGACCCAAACCCGGUCAACCAGGACAGCCAGGAACACCUGGUCAACCAGGACAACCCGGCACCCCCGGUCAACCAGGGAAACCAGGCACGCCAGGGCAACCGGGACAGCCCGGAUAUCCUGCACAACCGGGACAACCAGGCUACCCAGGACAGCAAGGACAACCAGGGGGCCCCGGUCAACCGGGCACUCCUGGACAACCCGGCCAGCCAGGUCAACCAGGAUACCCAGGUCAACCUGGCCAACCUGGAUACCCUAGUCAACCUGGACAGCCUGGCUACCCAGGUCAGCCAGGAACUCCCGGACAACCAGGCCAGCCAGGUGCUCCCGGCCAGCCAGGCAAGCCAGGGCAACCGGGACAACCUGGCCAGCCCGGGUACCCUACUCAACCAGGACAACCCGGAUACCCCGGACAACCAGGAGCGCCUGGACAACCCGGUCAACCAGGAUACCCUGGCCAACCUGGGCAACCUGGUCAGCCAGGCUACCCGGGACAGCAAGGACAACCAGGACAGCCCGGAGCCCCAGGACAGCCUGGUCAACCCGGAUACCCAGGACAGCCUGGUCAACCCGGAUACCCAGGACAACCAGGCCAGCCUGGAUACCCUGGUCAGCAAGGAGGUCCCGGCCCAUCUGGCCAGCCUGGUCAACCUGGAAAUCCCGGUCAACCCGGAUACCCAGGGCAACCUGGACAGCCUGGUCAGCCUGGUUCACCAGGACAGCCGGGCCAACCUGGAUACCCAGGACAACCCGGGCAGCCGGGCUACCCAGGACAGCAAGGGCAACCAGGAGGUCCAGGACAACCAGGAACUCCUGGACAACCUGGAUAUCCCGGUCAAUCUGGCCAACCAGGACAACCUGGUACCCCAGGACAGCCCGGCCAACCCGGAUACCCAGGACAGCCCGGUCAACCUGGAUACCCAGGACAGCAAGGACUACCCGGUCAACCAGGGCAACCUGGAUACCCAGGACAGCCAGGACAGCCAGGAAGCCCCGGUCAACCAGGCCAACCAGGACAUCCUGGGAAACCUGGUCAACCAGGUCAACAAGGACAGCCCGGUCAACCUGGGUACCCUGGACAACCAGGUCAACCUGGAUACCCCGGACAGCAAGGACAACCAGGUCAACCUGGAACCCCAGGCCAGCCCGGUCAACCGGGACAGCCCGGAUACCCAGGUCAACCUGGGCAACCAGGAUAUCCAGGACAGCAAGGACAGCCAGGUGGCCCCGGACAACCAGGGACACCUGGACAACCCGGUCAACCAGGCAAGCCAGGAUCUCCUGGACAACCUGGACAACCAGGCAACCCGGCUACACCGGGACAACCCGGCCAGCCCGGUCACCCAGGGCAGCAAGGACAACCAGGCGGCCCCGGACAACCCGGCACCCCGGGACAGCCGGGACAACCAGGCACUCCUGGACAACCUGGUCAACCCGGUUACCCUGGUCAGCCCGGUCAACCUGGUCAACCCGGAACACCUGGACAGGCUGGAAGCGCUAGUCAAACUGGACAACCUGGAUACCCUAGUCAACCUGGACAGCCCGGAACACCUGGACAACCUGGAACUGCAGGACAGCCUGGGCAACCUGGAGCUCCUGGUCAACCUGGACAACCUGGAACACCUGGGCAACCUGGUACUGCUGGUCAGCCAGGUCAACCCGGAUACCCCGGCCAACCCGGACAGCCUGGUUACCCGGGACAGCAAGGACAGCCAGGCACUCCUGGUCAACCAGGGACUCCCGAACAACCCGGUCAACCUGGUGGCCCCGGACAGCCUGGGCAGCCCGGACAGCCCGGAACAGCAGGACAACCUGGUUACCCUGGACAGCCUGGAUAUCCAGACAACGGUCCUGACAGCCAGCCAGCCGGCACGGGAGUACAGCCGCCUCCGAACCCUCCCAUGGGUCCUCAGCCAUUCCCCAUCUACGUCAUCCCCUACCCCUUGCCCAUCGUGCCCAGCCCCGGACACUGCCCUUGCUACCUCUUGAGCCCAGGCGGCAACACCACUCAGGUCCAAAACGGACAACCCGGUAACCAACAGAAUGGUAACCAACAGGGACAGUAUGGUAACCAACAAGGACAGUAUGGUAACCAACAAGGACAAUACGGUAACCAGGGACAAUAUGGUAAC